GCAGAAACCCCCCCAGCAUUUCUUCUGCAGAGAGAGAGAGAGAGAGAGAGAGAGACGCUCGCCGCCGCGGACCCGGUGGCACCACCGCCGGCCGUUGUCGUAGGAGGAGUGCAGGGCCCGCUUGAGCCGAGCAGGGGAUGACGUCGUCGGCCGAGCAGCAGAUGGCGGCCCCCGUCGCCACCGCGCCUGGCGGAGGUGGGACGGGACGGCUGGAUCCGCAGUGGAGGAAGGCGGCGGUGGCGGCGCUGCGGGGGCGGAUGGCGGCGCAUCGCGACGGGGAGGCGGGCUACGCCGCGCUAGCGUCCGCCCGAUCGCUCGCCCUCCAGGCCUUCUCGCGCCGGGAGCAGCUCAAAGGACUCAAGGAUCAGUUGCGCGGCCUCCAACCUCAGCUCGCCGAAACUCUCUCUGUUCAAUUGCGCGAGGAAUCAAAGGGCAAACUUGCCACCGAGUCGAUUUCAGAUGCCACUGCUAGGAUCAAGCGGCUCGGUAACUUGGUUGCAGAUCUGAGGGACAAGAGAGACGAACACACCGCAGUCGUAUCCGAGCAACUUCAGGCUCUUGAAACACUUGAAGCAAGUAGUAAUGAAGAUGCAGCAGUGCGGGAUAAGAUCGAAGAAGCUAUUUUCUGGUAUGAGAAGUUUCUUGGCUUCAAGAUCGUCGUUGGAGAAGAAGGUGUGAAGUUUGUUCUCAACAAGCUUGAUCCGCAAAGUCCAGAGAAGGAAUACUCACUUUGCAUAAAUUUUGAUAAAGAUAGAUAUAACUGUGAGUUGAAGCUUCUCAUGAGAUUUUGUCAACUGCCUCUGUUGAUACCUCAUUCUCCAUUUUUCACCUUUUUUUUUGUCACAGCAGUGCUCCAAUGUGAUCCGCACAUCAAAGAUGUUGAGAAACUUGUGAAAGAUUUGAAUUUGAGUGAUAAUGUAGUCAAGUUUGUAAGGAUCAUCAGAGAGAAAUUCCAGUCUUCUGCAAUGAAUGGGGCUCUUCCUAUAAGCCCAGUUGUUGAACCAGAUGUCUCUGCUCCACCGUUUCCAUCUCCCAUGGUGACUUCAGUUGGCGGCAGGAGUGAGGAUGUUCUGAAGCAGUCUCUUCCUGCUAAGAGAGGAGCCACAGCCCUACCAGCAACAUCUCCUGGCAGUUUGCGUCGUUCCUCACGUGCCAAGGGCGUGCGGUGAGCUGGCAGCCAAGCAGAUUCUGACCUGGACAAGCUGACGAAUCCUCCUCUUCUGCCUGUGAUUUGCUAGAAGCCUACAAGGAACCAAGUGAUUAGCUGAUAUAGCGUGGUGAUUCUACUGUUCUUAUGGUGCUUUUUUGCUCCCUUCUAAUUGAAACCUUAUGGUGUGGUGGCUUGGUUGGCUUGGCAGGGUGGCUAACUUGGCCUGUGAAUAGUUUGCUAUAGUCUGCUCUGGUGGAUGAGUUCACGAGUCGUGAUCUGGUUAAUGGUGCGUGUGUGUAUAUGGUAAGCGUGGUUGAGAUCUCCACAACCAUGAGUAGGCGACUCCUUGGUUUUCUGAAAUUUCCAUGAGGGCGCUUCUUGCAUCUUGGUACAGACAUUGGUGGUUUUUUUUUCUUUUUUCUUUCCAAAGACAUUGGUGUUUUGAUGACUGCGUCCCCAGAUACAACAGACUAACAGAGGGCCCACUCAUGCAUGCCCAAUUGCCCAUGUACUUGUUUGGGUGAGUGUACACUUUGGCCACUGAGUCUGAAUGCACCAAUGUGCUGUUCCAUGCUGUACUGAAUGUACCAAUGCUGGUACCAACUUUGAUC